CUCCUUUCCAAGUACGAAGCGUAACGUCAUAGUUCCAGCAGCUUUUAGUGAGUGAAGAUGGCGGAGGCCGCAGCCGCUGCUCCACGACACCGGUUCUUCUGUCAUUGCUGUAAAGGUGAAAUCGACCCAAAGCUGCCUGAAUAUGUUUGCCCCAGAUGUGAAUCUGGCUUCAUUGAAGAGGUGUCAGAGAAUUCAAGUCUUCUUCAGAGACGUGAUGUUGCUGCCGCUGCAGGUGAUGACAUGGCCUCACAGUUUGCGGAGCUGUGGCAGCUGCUCUUCAUGGAACAUUCAGCCCUCCUCUCCGACCCCACCGUCACAGAUGCGCUCCGCAGCCGUUCAGGGGUCGAGGCAGCAGUUGCCGAUCUUGCCUCUGGGACAGCGGGACCUGUAGCGUCCGUGGAGACGUUGUCAGACUGCACAGAGCCUGUGCUCCUCCCUCAACAAAACAGCCAGCAACGAAACUCUAGACUGGAUCAGGGACAGGCUGUGGAGGGGAUUGUCCAGCAGUUUCUAGCUGGUCUGUUUUCCAAUUCUGACAGUGCAAGUUCCCAAACCUCCUCAUGGUCUAACAUGCUGCACUCGAACCCUGGAGAUUAUGCUUGGGGACAAGGAGGUUUGGAUGUGGUCAUCACACAGUUGCUUGCUCAGUCUGAAAACACCGGCCCCCCUCCUGCUGCGAAGGAGAUGAUCUCAUCUCUCCCCACCGUUAGCAUCUCCUCAGAACAGGCUGCAUGCCGGCUGGAAUGCCCUGUGUGUAGAGAGGAGUACUCUGAAGGGGAAUCUGUCCGACAGCUGCCCUGUCUGCACUACUUUCACAGCAACUGUAUCGUGCCCUGGCUACAACUGCACGACACCUGCCCUGUCUGCCGGAAAAGUCUGGAUGGUGAAGACCGGGGUUUCCAGCCACAGAGAAGACCUCCAGGGGCAAUUCAAUCACCGGCGAAUGCAGAGGAACGCAGCACCUUUGAGACUCUUUAGCCUCCUUUUCCUUCCUUUAUUAUUCUGAUCAGUCGAAGAAUGAGAGAAGCACCAUUGCUUCAUGCCCCUAAAAAGAUCUUCCUGUCAAGUGCCUUUUAUGUCAAAAGACAUUUUAAUCGAGGUAGACAAACCUCUUUCACUCAGUAUCUGUCUGAUUAGCAUUUUGUGAAGUAUAAUUGUGCCCAAACUCCCACCAACGACGUUUACAGUCCAACCUGAGCUUUGUAUUUGAACAUGUGACACAUAUAAUCAAUUUGAAUAAUUCCAGGAUGGAACAAACGCAGUCUCUCAGGUGGGCCGCAGGACUGGAGCUCACAAGCACUGAGAUAGAUGAUACAGAUGUCUCAGGGGAUGCAGUUCAAGUUGCAUAUGCAUAUUUAAUGACACGGCACACGUUUACCCUAUAGCUUCUUCAGAGCUCUCGUUUUAAUACCUCACAAUGAAAUAAGCGCACAGUUUACUUUCCCUUACCUGUCGACAGAUGACAUCUGCUCCGCACAUGCCUUUACUCACAUGAAGGCGUCGUGAAAACGCAAAGAUUUAGGUACCUGCUCAAGUUUUGCACUGUGAAACGUUUUGUCUGUGCUGUACGUGUUUUAGAUUGAUAGUUUGCACUGAUGUUUUCUGUUUGGCGUUGGUGUUUUGAAGAUUUGUGUGUUCUUGUGGAUGGAUAAAAAAAAAGAAUCGUAUUUAUUGUAUUCACAUGUUUUAGAACUAUUCUUGAUGAUCCUCUUGGUGCUUUUGUCCUAAUUCUCAGGGUUCCUCAGCUGCUCCAUAUUUUGAGACACAGUCCCACUUACAAGAAAGUUCACUUCACAAUAUGGCCUUUGAACAUUUUGAGUGUCAUUUGGAAUCACACAGGCAACGGUAAAAUGUUUACAAGAAAAAAAUGUUACAUUAAAUAACCAGAAAAAGGCGCAUAACUUUACAGAGAAGCCAACCUGUUACAUACUGCACUCUUAAACAAAUAAACCAAUAUUUGUUUUUAAGAGAAAUUUUGUGAAUUUUAGGUGUCGAAGCCUAUGAACUAUAAUGGGUUUUUGAUAGUGAUAUUUAAAAUGCAGGGUGGUUGAUGGCAAUAUAAUGCUGAUAUAUUAUAAAUAAUCCAGCCUGAUGGUGAAAAAUGAGACAAAACGGUGUAAUUUAGAUUUUGAAUAUUUAUUUGACAUAAUAUUUAAUAAUCUCAGAAUGGCCAAGUCCUUUAUUAAGCCUUGUAUGGGAUUGAAUAAGUUACUUUAUGAUUAAUUAAUGAUUAAUGUCUUUCUAGGAAGAAAUUCAUUCUUUUAUUCAGCAAGGAUGCAUUAAAUUGAUUAAACGUGAUAGUAAAGAUAUUUAUAGUGCUACAAAAAAAUUCUAUUUCAAAUAAAUGCUGUUCUUUUGGACUUUUUAUUCAUCAGAGUAUCAUAAUGUAUUACAGUUUUCAACAUUGCUAUUUAUAAGAAAUGUUGCUUGGGCACAAUAUCAGCAUAUUAGAAUGAUUUCUGAAGGAUCAUGUGACAUU